AUGGAAAAAGUAGGUGAAGAUGAGGGGAAGACCAUUGUAGAAGCAAGCAACUCGGUUGAGGAAACGAGGAGUGAUAAGGAAGAUGAAAGGAUCAGAGGUACAAUCGCUGAUGUGGUUGAUCCAGUAGUUUACACAGAAGAAGGCUCCAUGGAUCAAUCUAACUCACAGAUGGUGGUCACCUUUGAAGAUCAUGAUGUCGAUGAAUAUGAAAUGGAAGACGAGAAGGUUCUCGAGCUUUUCAGACGUAAUAGCGGUUUGAGACCUGAGGUCGCUGAGAGAAACAAUUUCCCAUCUAUUAACAAGUCUGAAGGGAUGAUGGUACUACAGUUCCAAGAAGACACUCCUGCAGAAACACAGCAAACAGAUGCAGUGUUCCAUAGCUUGAACGAUAGCAACGAGAUUGCAGAUCUAGGUGCAGUGAAUCAGAAUUCACCAGAACUACUAGAAGGAUCCAAGUCAUCAUCAGCUUCAGAUGAGGAGGCCGAGGAUUCAUCCAGUAACUCAGACCUUGAUACCAACCUUUCCAGGUAUUAUUUUGACGGGUCCUUACCGGUUUCAACUCAUGUCGAAGAAUCUGAAACCCAUCAAGAUGAAUAUCCUGUACCUAAAGAUGAAACCAAGAUGCCUCUACUGUGCCCCAAGCAACCCGCGCUGCAACCAACUACUUGGAGGAAUUGUUGCGGACUCCUUGAGCUUCUCCGGACUGCAGAUCCAUAA